AUGGCAAAAGUCGUAAAUAUGUAAAAUAAAUGGGACUAUGAUCACUUCACAUCACGUGAUGCAACUUUUCCCGCGUGAACCCGUUAAGGAUUUUUGCCGUUAAAUAACCAAAACUAAUCCAAGAAGGCUUCACAAAUCUCUCUUAUCUCUCUCUCUACUGGUUUUGUGAUUCUUGAAAGAGAAACUACAAGAUACGACAACAAUGGCGGAAAGAUCAUUCUCUCAGCUCCCGAUCUCUUCUUCUCACAUUGGCAGGAAGACGCAGAACUCGCGGAGAGGGAUUUUUCCGGUAUCGGAGUACUGGAUCCACGCAAUUCCCGUGAUCGUUUUUCUCUGCUUCUUCACCCUUUGGAUUUUCUCCCACUCAGUGAGCGUCAUGAACGAUGGAGAGAUAAUGUCGAUACAUCGUCUCGAGAAAUCCAUGGCCGUGAGAAACGAGUCUCAUGUCAGUUUAGCGAUUCUUGCUUCCUCUGCUGUUUCACCAGCCUCAGGUCUCGUCGUCUCUACCAAUCAAAAUCUGACAACUCCUCACAACGCAACCCAAUCGCAGCAAAACGCAACCCAAUCGCAGCAAAACGCCACUCAAUCGGUGAACAAAGCAAAGCAGCCACACGCCGUCUGAUCUCUGACCGGAGAAAAGUUUCUUCACGAUGCGAAUCUUCCUUCAGUUUCUUACUGAUUUCUUUCAUGAACAGAGAUUUUUAGGAAUUGAGAUUUUUUUCUUUGUAUAAGAGUGUUUUGGUGAGUUCAGAUUGAAACAAUAGUUUUGCAUUUAGGAUUGAAAAUUGUUUGUGAACAAUACACAGAAUGUUUCCAAAAAGAUCUGCAUAGUCAUUUGAAGAAAUCUUCAGUGAGUAUAUCUGAAUGCUAAUGCUGAGGAUGUUCGAGCUCA